GCAAAGGCAUGCCACGCGAGCGCCCCACUCGAAAUCUUGAAUAUGACGUCAUACUGCAUCGUCUCAAGCUCGCGUUCCUCGUGAAACUUGGUCGCAUGUGGCCGGGAGCAAGCCAGGGCCACGCCUUGUGGUGGAGAAGCAGGAAAUUAAAAGCCGUUGAAACCCCAGCCACCCGCAUUCUGAGUGGAAUCUACUAAUUUUGCCGACUAUAUCGAGACGGUUGUGUUCACCUUCCAUUCGUCUUCGGUAACGCCUCGCUAGCUACUCGUUCUCCACGUUGCCCAGCAUGUCUAUAACAUCAUUUGACAACAAACCCGGCACAGGCGGUUUCCUGAAAUUCAACUCUGGACCAUCGCGCAUAUACCUAACAUGCGCAUUGCCAGCACCAGAAAAGGCGCUUUUAUCUUGGCGCGAAGAAGGCUACGACGCGCAAUAUCUUCCCUACGAUCCUAAUACACAAACUCAAGCGGCUUAUAUACGAACCCUUAAACAACUAUCCGAAACCCUGAAUUUAGGCGAACACUACGCGAUAAUAGCCUACGGCGACGCAGCCAGUGUCGUCUUGAAAACAGCCCAGAAACCAUUGGCGAAAUGCUGUGCGAUCAUAGCGUUUUAUCCGAGCUUGUUGCCCAGCCCGAAGACCAUGUAUCCAAACUCGCAUCAAUUACAAGUCCAUGUCGCAGGGUUAAGCCAGGCUAGUCCGAGACCUGAUAUGUGCGAAUGGAAAUUAUAUCGGUACGAGAAGAGUGCCACAGGUUUCGCAGACCCAUCGUCAAAAGCGUAUUCAGAGGUAGAAGCCAACCUGGCGUGGACAAGAGCGCUAGCAUGUGUGCGAAAAGGGUUUGGCAAGAAUGUGGACCUUGAACCGAUUGCGCUGAGUCAUUGGAAUGCGAGAUUUGAGGACGAUGAUCCGGACCGCGCGAGCAUGAGUGUCGUAAAGAAUAUGACGCAAGACAGCCCACACGUGACAAUAUUGCCGACAAUGCAGGGAGGUGUGGGAAGGAAGAAGCUCGCGGAAUUCUAUGGAGAAUUCUUUGUGCCUAGCUUGGUAGAAGACUUUUCCAUACGGUUGGUCUCCAGGACCAUGGGUGUCAAUCGUAUAGUAGACGAGAUGGUUGUGUCGUUUACACAUUCGGACGAGAUUGACUGGGUAUUGCCAGGUGUACCACCAACGAACAAGCGAGUGGAAAUACCCAUGGUCAGUAUCGUGGCGGUAAGAGGAGACAAGUUGGUCUCGGAGCACAUGUACUGGGAUCAAGCUUCUGUUCUUGUACAGGUUGGCUUACUAGAUCCUAAGAUGGUACCGAGGAAGUUGAAAAACGACGGAUUGAAAGCGCUACCUGUUACAGGAGCAGAGGCAGCAAAGCAACUUGUUGAACCGCAGCAGAGUCGAUAUAACAAGCUGUUGCAGAUGCAUGGUCUGAUGGACGGGGUGAAUGGCAACUAGUGAUUGUCAUAUCUUGUUUCAGCGCGGUGUUCCGGAGUACGACUCAGUAGAAUCGCUUCACGGAGCUGAUUUACU